AUGAUGCUGGUGGGCCCGACCGGUGGUGGAAAGACAUGUUGCUACCGCUCGUUGCAGCGGGCUUGCACGUCCCUCAUGGAUCCCGCCAAGAAUUCGUCGGCUUACCAGAAGGUCCAUGUGCAUUGCUUGAACCCGAAGUCCAUUACUCAGAACCAGCUCUACGGCUCCUUUGAUGAGAUCACUCGCGAGUGGUCUGAUGGCGUCGCUGCCGAGGAGAUCCGCAAUGCCACUCGGGAUGCCGGACAGCCGGACCAUCACUGGGUGAUGUUUGAUGGACCUGUGGAUGCACUGUGGAUCGAGAGCAUGAACACCGUGUUGGACGACAACAAGAAGCUCUGUCUGGUGAGUGGAGAGAUUAUUGCCCUCACGCCACAGAUGCGCAUGAUGUUCGAAGUCGAGGACUUGGAAGUGGCUUCUCCUGCUACAGUCUCUCGCUGCGGCAUGAUCUACAUGGAACCGGAGAGCUUAGGCUUCCAGCCUCUCUUUGACUCCUGGCUCGCCGCUCUGCCGGAGACUUUCAACUUUCAGCCAGAUAUCGAGCGACGAUUGCGGAAGUACUCCGAGGCGCUUCUCCCGGCCAGCGUGGCCUAUGUCCGCAAGUGCUGCAAGGAGGUGGUGCAGACGCAAGACACGAAUCUGGUGCAGUCCUUGUUCCGGAUGCUUGACUGCUACUUUGCGCCCUUCCAGCCUACGGAGCUGCGGCCGGCUGCUGCCUUCAAGGAGGAGGUCGCCGAGUUCGUGUCCCACAUCACUCCUUUGUUCUUCUUCGCGAUGGUCUGGUCCGUGGGGGCCACAUGCGAAGGUUCCACACGGCCGGCUUUCUCCAAGCUGAUCUGGGCCAUUUUGAAUGAGGAGAAGCACGAGCGGCUCCAACUCGAGGUCCAGGGCAUGAACGUGGAACUGCCGCCCGUCCAGGAUGGUAUCAAGCUGGCCGGCCUGGAUUUCGGCGCAUUCAUCUACGAUUACUUCUACGACAUUCAGAAGAGCCAGUGGGUUCCCUGGAUGGAGACUAUCCCUGCCUUCGAGAUUCCCCGCGCUGCACAGUACGACGAGAUCGUGGUUCCGUCUGUGGACUCUGUCCGCUUAGUCUACGCCUUCCAGAUUCUGAUCACCCACGACAAGCACGUCCUGUGCCCCGGCCCCACGGGAACUGGCAAGAGUGUGAACAUCUCCAUGUGGUUGCAGAAGCAGGCGCCAGAGCACUUUCAAGGCGUCUUCGUGAACUUCUCGGCCCAGACGCAUGUCAACCAGUUCCAAGACCUGAUCGACAGCAAGCUGGAGAAGAGGCGCCGUGGAGUCUACGGCCCACCGGCCGGCAAAAAGAUGGUCCUCUUCGUGGAUGAUCUGAACAUGCCUCAGAAAGAGUACUACGGUGCACAGCCGCCCAUCGAACUGCUUCGGCAGUGGCAUGACCACGGCGGGUGGUACAACAGGAAAGAGCUCAAGAAGUUCGACAUUACCGAUAUGAUCAUGGCAUCUGCUAUGGGGCCUCCCGGCGGUGGUCGCACAUUCAUCACCGAGCGUCUGAAACGCCAUUACAAUGUACUGGCUUACUCGGACCUCCAGGACGAAUCCAUCUCCCAGAUCUUUCGGACAAUUGCCAGCUACUUCUUCGCGGCGUUCGAUGAGUCAAUCCAAGCAACUAUCCCGUGCAUGAUCAUGAGCACGGUGAAGAUCUUCAAGCAAGCGCUGCAGGAUUUGCUGCCGACCCCGGCCAAGUCGCACUACCUCUUCAACCUGCGCGACAUCUGGCGCGUCUUCCUCGGGCUGUGCACCCUGAGCUCCAAGAAGGCGAACCAUCGGGACAUCGUGAUCCGUUGCUGGUGCCACGAGAUUCAGCGGGUCUUCGGGGACCGCCUGACAGAUGAACAAGAUGCGGGUUGGAUGCAGAAGCAGAUCACAAGCUGUCUCGAAGAGGACUUUCAGGUCGAGGUUGAGAACGUCUUCGUGCGUGAGAGGCUGCUGUUCGCCUCCUUCCUGAAUCAGGAUGCUGACCAGCGGUACUAUGAGGAAGUCACCAACAUUCAGGCAAUGAAAGAGUGCAUUGAAGAGUACCUGGAGGAAUACAACAGCGUCAGCAGCUUGCAGAUGCCAUUGGUGAUGUUCUUGGACGCUUGCGAGCACUGCGCUCGCAUAUGUCGUGUGCUGAGUCAGCCGAGUGGCAACGUCCUCCUCCUUGGGGUUGGUGGAAGUGGGCGCCAAAGCUUGACUCGGCUGUCCACCUACAUGAACGAGUGUGAGUGCUUCCAGAUCGAGGUGGCCAAAGGCUAUGGCAUGUCUGAGUUCAGGGAUGACAUCAAGAAGUGCCUCAUGAAGUGUGGGGUGGAGGACAAAGUGCAGGUCUUCCUGUUUUGCGACACACAGAUCGUAAAGGAAGAUUUCGUCGAGGCCAUCAACAACGUGCUGAACAGUGGCGAUGUGCCGAACCUCUAUGCCAAUGAGGACAUGGAGUCCAUCUCCGGUGCGUGUCGCCAACUAUGUCAGAAUAUGGGAAUGCAGCCGAACAAAGCCAACCUCUUCAGUGCCUACCUCUCGAGGGUCAAGAAGAACGUUCAUGUCGUCUUGGCGUUCUCACCUGUGGGUGACGGCUUCCGCAGCCGUUUGCGGAUGUUCCCCUCGCUGGUCAAUUGCUGCACGAUAAACUGGUUCAGAGAAUGGCCGGCAGAGGCACUGUCCUCUGUCGCACAGCAGCAACUGACGGUGAACCAGGUGCAGCUUCCUAACUUCGAGGGCUCUGUGAAGCUUUUUCAGGUGAUGCAUAUGAGCGUGGAGCAAGCCUCCAAGAAGUUCUUGGAGCAGAACAAGCGCCAUGUCUACAACACGCCGACCAGCUACCUCGAGCUCCUCUCCAGCUUCAUAUCAGUACUGGCCAUGAAGCGGAAGCAGGUGGGCACGCAGCAGAAGAGAUACAAGGUUGGCCUGGAGAAGAUAGGUGAUGCCGAGGAGCAGGUGUCUGGCUUGCAGCAGAUGCUGGUGGAGAAGAAGCCGAAGCUCGAGCAGACGCAGAAGAUGGUCGAGGAGAUGAUGAAGGUCAUCGAAGUGGACAAGGCCGCCGCUCAAGAGGUGUCCACGAAGGUGGCAAAGGAGGAGGCAGAGGCCAAGAACAAGGCUCAAGCGACCCAGAACAUCAAGGACGAUGCCCAAAAGGACUUGGACGAAGCUCUGCCAGCUCUGGAUACUGCCGUGGCAUGCUUGAAGAAGCUCAAGGCCGACCACAUUCGCGAGGUCAAGGUGUUGCCGAAUCCACCAGCGGGUGUACGCCUGGCCACGGAGGCGGUUUGUGUCAUGUUUCAGCUCAAGCCUGUGAAGAAGAACGAUCCAAACACACCCGGCAAAAAGAUCGACGACUACUGGGAGACCAGCCAGAAGGAGGUCUUGAAUGAUCCGAAGGCAUUGCUGGAUCGCCUUUUCAACUUCGACAAGGACAACAUUCCCGAUCGCGUGAUCCAGGCAAUUACUCCUUAUAUGGAAAGAGAGGACUUCGACCCUGUGGCAAUCAAGAAGGCCUCCAUCGCCUGCGAAGCAAUCUGCCUCUGGGUUGGUGCCAUGUACAAGUACCACUUUGUGGCCAAGGUUGGGGUCCAGGAACUGGGCUGUCGAUAG